AUGUUUGACGAAAUUUCACUCAAGUCCAGGGACAAUGACAACACACUCCUGAUGGCGUUGAGUCGGUUAGAUGGCAUUAUAAGCAACCUCCGCGAACGGCAUGAACUUCCCCGAUGGGCGUGGCUCAUGAUGAUACGGAUUGAUGCCCCCCGCUAUGAAUCGGCAGUGGAUGCCAUCGUCGCCGUCUGGUUGAACACGAUCUUUCCCCCCGAUUCUUGCUUCUUGGUCACACCUCAGCUCAAGGUCCGUAGAGAGGUCAUUGUCCAAACCGAAACCUUGGAGAACGUGUCGGAAUUCGUUCGUCUCGUUCAAGAUCACAAUGAACGUGUCGCCAACGGAGUGAAGGGUCCUGAUCUCGAAGCUAAAAUACAAUCGUCCGUGAUCCAAAGGUUCAACAACAGAGUGUUCAAUGCUCGCGACAUGGAUGCCGCUGCGCCGAAUGGCUCGUUUCUCUUCAGUAAUGAACCCACAGCCGAGUCGCCACCUAUGGAAGGAGCUGCACAAGUUCUAAACUUGUUACUCCAGGAGUCAGCGCCGCAGGGACCGAUGUCGUCACCUUCCGACGUACCUAUCAAGGUCCGACUACUAGGAAAGCCAAGGUCGGCGUCAGAUGCCAGGCAGCCAGAGCCAGAGUCGGUGUCGGGACAUGUGCUGCUUCCAUCGUUACCUCCCUGGUCAGGCGAAUCGGUGUCGGCAAUGGGCUACCAGCAGAUACCGACUCUGUCGUCGCCUCCUGAAGUACCUAUCAAAGUCCGACUACUAGGAAGGCCAAGGUCGGCGUCGGAUGCCGGGCAGCCAGAGCCAGAGUCGGUGUCGGGACACGUGCUGGUUCCGUCGUUGCCUCACUGGCCAGGCGAAUCAACAGGCUACUGGCACCAGGGAUCGACGCCGUCGAUGGUAUCGCCUCCCGGCAUAGAGUCAGCGUCGCCUUUCAUCGGCAGGGCUGAAUUGCUGCAGCCAUUGUCAAUAUCGGGUCACUGGCCGCAUCUGCUUUCUCCAGGAUCCGCAGGGCCCCCAGCGUUCGAGGCCGGGCAUGUUUCAUGGGAUCCCUUGGUAGGGCGAUUCGCCCCCGGUCGUGCCUUGGGCCGUGCGGAACUCUGGGUGCCAGAUUUUGUUGUGAUCAAGGUCGGCGAAGACGGCGAACCCAACCAUGUCCUGCUCAUCGUGGAAGACAAGAUAUACACUGAUCCGUAUCGUCAGCUCAGCGGAUACCUUGCACUCUUCCCUGUUGAAUGCGGGAUUUACGGCUUGGGCUGUCGCGUGAACCCUCGCCAAGGAGGAAUGGAGUUCAUGCUGUGCCGGCGGACAUACGACGACAAAGACGGGCUUGCGCAUGUGGAAAGGCCGGAACGAAGCACAAACCAGUGGUACCCUGUGACCAGUGCAUUCAUCCAUGGGAAGCUGCGCGAGAUAUCGCAAGCCCACCGCCGUCCCGCGACGUAUCAUCGGUACGACGAGAUCGUUCAACCGGACAGCAUCAGCUAG